AUGACAUCCUCGCAGCUCUCGCCAAGGACUGUGACGACUCACCAGGCACCCCAUGAGCUUUUAAUCGAAUUGAACAGUAAGCUGGCGGAGGAAUGCGAAUAUCAUCAAGCGUUAACCAAGAGGUUGAUGAACGAUAACCGCAUGGCUGUCCAGUCCCAGGUGGACGAGAUGCGUCGGACGUUCCAGGACAUGUUCGACGACCACCGCAAGAGCACGGAGCUCGUGGUGCAGGAACACCGCAGGAUGUCCGAGCAGCAGCGCCGAGAAGUGUUCCAGAAGUGUCAGCAGCUGGGGACGCAGCUGGAGCGGACCAUGGCGGAGGAGAGAGUCGCCGUGCAGGGCGCCCUGCAGGCACUUGCUCAGCUGCUGGAGCGCGAGCGCGCUCAGAGACGCGCAGACCUGCAGCACGUCAUGGCCGCGCUCCAGGACCGCCGACGGCGAGGCGCCCGUCGCUACCCCAGGGCGGCUGGACGCCGCCCUGGGGGCCCUCCGCCCGGAGCUCUGGCAGCAGCUGGACCCCGCCUCGCAGCGCGGAGCUCCGACACGUCCUGCUCCCGUCGUGUGCCCGCCCGGUGCACGGGAGAGCCCGGCCCUCAAGCCGGGCGGACCUCCCAGGGAGUUCAGCCCGCGAGCCUACCACGAGGUCGUCACCGUCGAGGGCGACGGGGUGGCGGCGGGGACCGGGCCGUCGUGGCAGCGCGCUGGCCCGGCGGGGCGGAGUGCCAGGAGGCCGGUGGCGAGGAAGUCGAGGUGUGCGACGGGGAGGAGGAGGUCGCCUUCGUUGGGAGCAUAUGGGACGCCGCGGUGUUCAUCGGGUGCCCGCAGGUGGGCGCAUGCGCAUUUGCGUUCACGGCGCUCAUGCUCCUGGUCAAUAUCGGGAUGCAGGCGCUGUUUUGCCUGAUUGUCAACGACAACCUGACUCAGUCUGCACUGCAUUCUGAAAUUCAGACACGGUUCAGGAUUUCAAAGAUUGGCGGACGACAAUAG